CCUCUACUAUACACACCACUCACUGUAAAUUACUAGUUACGACUUAAUCUCGUCAAAACACAACCCAAAAACAGGUCUCAAAUCGUCUAGACUUUGCCUCAACUUCUCGAUUCCGAUCCCCCGUCCCACCUCAAUCACCAUGCCCGCCGCUACUCCCUCCCUUCUCCCCUUUUCGCCCAUGGUAGACGACUUCCACAAGAUCGCUCUGGCCGAGUCGAACGUGGCGGCCAAGGCCGCGGCUGACGCCCUUGCCCUCCAGAUCAAGAAGGCCCCCCGUUCCCUCGAGACGCUUCAGGCGUCCAAGCUGCCCGAGGUCGUCAAGAUCUGGGCCGAGUCGAAGAGCGGCUAUGAGCGCGAGAGCGCCGGCGUCCUCGUUGAGCGCACCAUUAAGGCGCUCGGAUCUGGAUGUGAGGGCGCUUUCAUUCCCCUUAUCCCGACCCUGCUCAACCUCGCCAUGGACAAGGGCUCCCCCGUGCGCUCCGGCGUCAGCUCAGCCAUCAAGGCUAUCGUGAAGGCUGCGCCCGCUGAGGCAACGCGCCCGCUCAUGCAGGCUCUUGCCCACGGCCUCGAGGAGAGCAAGGGCUGGCGCUCCAAGGUCGCCGCGCUCAAGGCCAUCGAGGAGAUGGUCAAGCCCGGCGCCGAGGAGUAUGUAGGCGAGAUGCUCGGCGAGGUUAUCCCCGUCGUCGAGAUGUCCAUGCACGACACCAAGGCGGAGGUCUCCGCGGCCGCCACCAAGGCUGCCACCACCCUCUGUAGCACCCUUCCCAACGCCGACGUGCUCAAGCACGUUGACGCCCUUGUCGCUGCCAUGGCUUCGCCCUCCAACGUCCCCAAGACGAUCAAGGCCAUGUCCUCGACCACGUUCGUCGCUGAGGUCACCGGUCCUACUCUCGCCGUCAUGGUUCCCCUUCUCACCCGCGCCCUCAAGGAGCGCUCCACCGACACCCAGCGCAUGACCUGCAUCGUCAUCGGCAACCUUGUCAAGCUCGUCCGCGACCCUAAGAUCGCCGCCAUUUACCUUGGCUCGCUCGUCACGGGUGUUGAGCAGAUCGCCAAGGGUGCCGCCUUCCCCGAGAUCCGCGCGUUCGCCCAGACCGCUCUUGACAUCCUCCACGACGCAGGUGCUAGUGCAACGGCCACGCCCCUUCCGCCCCGCGACGUUAUCCAGAGCGUCAACGAGGCCCUCGCCGUGAUGGUGCCCCACCUCGACCUUGGUGUGGAGGGCGUCAAGAUGCCCCUCGCCACUGCUAUGCCCGGCAAGCCCGUCAUUGCCUCGGCCCUCGAGUACACGGCCAAUGUUGUUGCCGACAUGGUUCAGGAGCGCAACUUUGACGACGACGUGUGGGACGGCAAGGCGCUCGGCGGCUUCUGCAAGCUGCUCCUUGGCGCUGACGCCGGCGUGGCUGCUGCCACCGCUAUCCGUGAGGCGUUUGUUGCCGCCGACAAGGCCAAGUACGGCGGCGAGGAGGAGGUUGACGACGGAGCCGAGAUCCUCUGUGACAUCAAGUUCUCGCUCGCGUACGGUGGUCUGCUUCUGCUCAACCACACAAACCUCAAGCUCCGUCGCGGCCGCCGCUACGGUAUCUGCGCCGCUAACGGUGCGGGCAAGUCGACCCUCAUGAAGGCCAUCCGCGACGGCAAGGUCGAGGGCUUCCCGACCCAGGAGGAGCUUCGCUGCAUCAUGGUUGAGCAUGCGCUCCAGGGCGAGGACACCUCGCUUUCUAUCAUCGACUUUAUUGCCGCCGACCCUCAGCUCGCCGGCCGUAAGCGCAAGGAGAUUGCCGACAUGCUCCUUGAGGUCGGCUUCAACGACGAGAAGCAGAACGACCCCGUAGCCUCGCUAUCGGGUGGUUGGAAGAUGAAGCUCGAGCUCGCCAGAGCUAUGCUCAUCGGCGCCGACAUUCUCCUCCUCGAUGAGCCGACUAACCACCUCGACGUUCAGACUGUCGCCUGGCUUGAGAACUACCUCAACGGCCUCUCCAACGUCACUUGUCUCAUCGUGUCGCACGACUCCGGCUUCCUUGACAACGUGUGCACGGACAUUAUGCACUACGAGAAGAAGAAGGUUGUCUACUACCCAGGCAACCUGUCCAAGUUUGUCGAAAAGGUCCCCGCUGCCAAGUCGUACUACACCCUUGACUCGUCCUCGAUCAAGUUCUCGUUCCCCCCUCCUGGUUCGCUCAUGGGUGUGCGUUCGAACACGCGUACGAUCCUGAAGCUUUCGAACGGCACGUUCACGUACCCUGGCGCCGCCAAGCCCUCGCUCACCAACGCGUCGUGCUCGCUCUCGCUGUCGUCGCGUGUCGGUGUCAUCGGUCCCAACGGUGCUGGCAAGUCGACCCUCAUCAAGCUCCUCACCGGUGAGACCGUCCCCAACGAGGGCAGUGUGCACAAGCACCCGGCUCUCCGUGUCGGCUACGUUGCUCAGCACGCGUUCCACCACAUCAACCAGCACCUCGAGAAGACUGCCGUCCAGUACAUCCAGUGGCGUUACCAGGACGGUUACGACCGCGAGAUUCUCGAGAAGACUACCCGCGUCGUCACCAAGGAGGAACAGGAGAUGAUGGAGAAGCCCGUCGCUGGCCGCAACGGCGAGAUGCGCAAGAUCGAGGCCAUUCUUGGUCGUCAGAAGCUCAAGAAGGGCUUCCAGUACGAGAUCAAGUUCAAGGGCUAUGCGCACAAGUUCAACGUCUGGAUGCCCCGUGACAAGCUCAUCGAGCUCGGCUUCGGCAAACUCGUCAACCAGUUCGACGAUGUCGACUCGGCCCGUGAGGGUGCUGGUAUGCGCGACACUUCCGCCGCCGCGGUGCGUGAGGUGCUCGAGGCUGUCGGCCUUGACGGCGACAUCGCCCAGUACAACGAGAUGUCGGGUCUCUCGGGUGGCCAGAAGGUCAAGGUCGUCAUUGCUGCGUCGAUGAUCAACCGUCCUCAGAUCCUCUUCCUUGACGAGCCUACUAACUUCUUGGAUCGUGAGGCGCUUGGCGGUCUCGCUGGCGCUAUCAAGGAGUGGGCCGGCGCCGUCGUCAUUAUCUCGCACUCGCGCGAGUUUGUGCACGCGCUCUGCCCCGAGCUCUGGCACGUCGACAAGGGUAUCCUUACGAUCGAGGGCAAGGCUCCCCCACCCCAGCUCGAGGACGACCACCCGUCCAGAGUCCCCUCGCAGGCGGGCACCCCCCGCGGCGCCGCCACCCCGGCCGGUGUCAGCACUCCCGGCACCGCUACGCCCAUGACGUCCGCUGCGCCCUCUGCCGCGGCGUCGAGGCACAACUCGGACGACGAGGCGGCCGACAUCGAGAAGCUCAAGAAGCUUGCGCUCAAGCCCAAGAAGAAGAAGAAGCCUACUCGUAACGAGAUCAAGGCACAGGAGGAGCGCAGGCGUAUCCGCAAGCUCAACUGGCUCACGUACGGCGGAGAGCGCGAGCCCGACACGGACGACGAGUAGUGUACCGUUAGUGUAGGUGUAGAUUAUAGACUAUACAUGCGAUCUUCAUAUGCUGCUA